AUGCGUUCCCCUGCACAUGCACAGUCAUCCAAACAUGCCAUCAAACUACGAGGAGCAGGAGGCGCCAGUGCGCAAGGAACACGACCCUCGCAGCAGGAUCAAUACACAAUAAUCCUUCCGGAUCAGAUUUCCAAGACGACUAUUCAUGAUGAGCUAGCUAUUUUUGCGGUCUUCGACGGACAUGGCUCCAGGAAGGUCGCACAACACGCAAAGCAACACAUCAGGGAGCUCCUCUUUGAAGGCAACGCACUACAAGCCGGUCGCUAUGAGGACGCAAUCCGACAAGCCAUCCAAAAAGAAGAGGAAACGCUUCUUGAGGAGUGUCAAGAGGGGGAGGACAAAUUUGCGAUUUCGGGAUCGACGGCCUCGGUGGUGAUUGUCAAUCUUAAUAAGGGUGUGAUGGUGGUAGGCAACCUGGGUGAUUCGCAUGUCCUCAUGGGCGAGUGCGAUAUAACCGGACAAUUGGAGACUGUGCAUCGCUUGACGCAAGACCACAAACCCGACAGUCCGAAAGAGAAGGAGAGGAUCGAGGAUGCCGGUGGAGUAGUCAACUAUGAGUCGGAAACUGCCCGGAUAGGAGCUUUGAACAUGUCGCGCGCUCUCGGAGAUCUGCAAUACAAGAACCCUCUUAAUAAUGAUACGGCGGGCCCCAGCACUACAGGCCAGGAAUUAGCGGCCAUGACGCCGUCGAUCGAACAGGGCAACUUCCUGUCUACUGAACCGGCAAUUAUCCGUGUAGAUCUGCGGCAGGAUCGUCGAUAUAUUCUUGCCUUGACGACAGAUGGUGUGACCAACGUGCUGAAGGAUAAUGUCAUCAUCGAUGAAAUCAAGACACGGCAUGAGGGAGGACUGGGGGUGCAGCAGGUGGCAGAUGAGCUUGUCCGGGACGUUGCAGAGGGCGAGCGGAGGGAUAAUGCUACAUGUAUCGCCGUGUUUCUGGAUGGAUGUUUGUCUUGA